GUUCACCUGUGAAGAACAGUCGAGUUACAGGAACUGACAGGAUCAGGAUCUUUGACACGUCUGUCUCUACUGAGUCGCUCUGAAGAAAUGGAAAUGGAACCAACCACCGUUGAGUAUUUUCCAGCCAAACAGACUAUGUGGUGGGGAACUCUUGGCACUGUCCGUCCAUUUCUGCUUUUUGAUCAACAUCAGGAUGCUCGGGAGAUCCACGUUGCGCUGGAGAAUAAAAAUGUUAAUGUGAUGACCCUGGUGAAGAUACUUACCAACAGGACCAACAACCAAAGACAGAGCGUUGCAGCAGCCUAUAAGAAACUCACCCAGAAGGAUCUGAGUGCAGCUCUGAAAAAAGGCGUGUCGGGCGCAGUACAGGAGCUUCUGCUGGCUCUCAUGAUGACUCCAGCUCGCUUCGAUGCUCAUCGCCUCCGACAGUCCAUGGAGGGUUUGGGCACCGAUGAAGAAGCUCUUCUGGAGGUGUUGUGCACCAGAUCACCAGAUCAGCUCAGAAACAUUACUGUUACAUAUCAUGAGGAGUUUGGACGUUACCUGGAGAACGACCUGAUCAGUGAGACCAGUAAGGACUUCAGCAAGCUGGUGUUGGCUAUACUCAAGAAGGAGGAGCAGAACACACAGGGCAUUCUCGAUUAUGAGCUUAUAAAUCAGGACGUCACGAAACUGCAAGAUGCUGUCAGUGGAAAGAAAGCUGACCCUGCACCCUGGAUUAAUGUCCUGACCUCCCGCACUUCUGACCAUCUCAACAGAGUGCUUUUUAGGUUAGAAACUCUGAGAGGAGAGGAAGUGGAGAAAACAAUCCAGAGCAAAUUCUCAGGAGACCUCAGACUCGGCCUGCAAAUUCUGGUUCAGUCGAUUCAGAAUACCCCACUUUACCUGGCCCAGCGCUUACACACCUGCAUGAAGAAAAACGCUGUGGUUCGAGGCAUAAUGGUGGCUCGGAGUGAAGAGGACCUGCUGUGGGUGAGGGUCGAGUUCCGCAAACUCACCAAACUCUCACUCUACUCCACCAUACAGAAAGAAUUCAAAGGGGACCUGCAGCUGGCACUUCUGGCUCUGUGCCGAUCUGAGGAUGGGUAGGGGAGCUUGGAAGCAAGACAGACAACGUUUCUUGUUCAUGUGUGUUUGUGGAAACCUGUACAGAAUUCUUUUUAACAGAAAUUGGUGUUCAGAUAAAAAACGGCAUGUUUAGUGGGUAACUGUAAAUGACUGGACGCACUAUUUGUGAG